AUCCAUAUUGAGAAGACUAGAUCAGACCUGGAGACUUGUGAGAAUGACUUCAAACAGUAUGAAACCAGUAGAGGAAUCAAUCAUAAGGAAAAUUUCAGAAAGACUAGCACCUCAACACUUGGAAGUUAUCAAUGAAAGUUACAUGCAUAAUGUUCCCAAAGGAUCUGAGACUCAUUUUAAAGUGGUAGUCAUAUCUGAAAAUUUUCAAAGUGUUCCUUUGAUAAAGAGACAUAGGAUGGUAAAUGAGGUUCUACAAGAGGAGCUAAACUCUGGAGUUCAUGCAUUGUCCAUUCUAGCUAAGACGCCCCAACAGUGGGAAGAGUCACAGAAUAUAGGCAAAUCCCCACCAUGUCGAGGAGGAGCAGGCUUAUGAUUCCUUGUCUGUGGUCUGUGUGUAGAUCUGUCUUUACAGACAUGGAGAAACGGGCUUCUCACCAAUGCAGUGAACAUCAUAGCUCUGAUUGGAUACUCUCAUUCUGUGAUGGUCUUGUUUUACAGAAAUCCUUAUCCAUCAUAUUGCAUGCAGGAGAAAACUUUCAGUUCUAGACAAUAAACGUGUACUCAUUCGCUGGUCCAUAAAUCAAUUUUCAUACCUGGGACAUGGAAAUUCCACUUAGUUAACAUCAGAUGUGACAUCUCUCACAGGAUGCAAUAUCUCAUUAUUGUGAUGGACUUCAGAAUAGACCACCUUAUUUCACAUCACAUGUCGAUGUAAGGAAAGUAAAGAUAAUGUGAUUGUUAGAAUCAUUUACCAGAAAACUUGUACAGCAUAUAUACAGUAAAGAAUUACAUUCUGAUGGGCAAUACAGAAUAAGGUCCAAAAAAUUCAUUUCAUUUUAAAACAAUAUAGUUCAGUUGGGGUUAAGUUAAGAUUUUUAAAGUUUUGCCCGAUGCUUUACCGAAUUCUUAACUUUAAACAACUCAAGUCUUGAGAUAUCUGUCUUCAUCACACAGAGGCAAUUGAUUGAUUUUCUCCUAAAUACUGCAAGUUGAUGUUAAAUCAAAAUUGAUCAUAUUGUAAUCAUUCACCUCCUCGUUGGUGAGAUAGGGUGAUCGCAACCUUCAGGAAUAGAUGUUUCAGUUGCAAACACUUGGCAAGCAUCAAGUUUACUUACUUAAUCAUCUUUCCAUUCAGGUUGAUAUUUACCUAUCUCACCUACAAUGGAGUGAAAGGUUUUAUUAUUCUUUAGCAAACAUUUCUGCAUUUCAUACUGGAAAAAACACUUGUGAGAUGUAGACUAUUGUCACUCAGCUGUGGUGUUGAAUGAUCUGUUACAUAAAGGCCAUGUUCACCGUAAUCAAAACUACAAGAUGUUGUUUAGCAUACAAUGUACGCUCACACUAGAACAUAAUAUAUGGGACAGGAAAAUUAUUCCAUCUGUGAAGACAAAGUAACAUAGCUGAAUUCUGAGAGAUAUGGGACGUUAGCAAAAUAUACAUCUGUGACAGAAAAAGAUUGAGGAAUCAUAUGUUCCAUAGAACAAGUAGCCUGAAGAAAGAGAUGAGGAUUAGUAAACAAACAAACAAAAAAGAAAGACAAAUGGUCUGACUGCUACUAACAAAACAGACAUUUUAUAUAGCUAAUUUUCUGCUUCAUUCCCAAACACUUCAAUAGAAUUGAUUGUAAACACGGAGAAAUUUAACAGAUGAGUUUAGUUAACUUAGCCAGCAUUUAUGUUGUGUAGAUGAUGGUGAUUAAGCUGACACAGAGAAAACAAAACCCACUGUUAAUCCAUGGAAUACAUGGAACCCCUACCUUGUAAAGUAACAGCCCUGAACCUUUAGUACGUGUAAUGACAAGUAUCUCAUUCCUUUCACCUCACCAACUUAGAAGAAAAUGUCACCCAUCAAACUUUGUGGUUGUCAUUCUUUUUCCUGAAUAUGUCGGGGACAAAAUGGAUGUGGAAAUGCAGCACAAGACUAUCAGUAUCAUAGCUUGAACUAAUUCAUUGUCUUAUUUACCAAUCAAAAGUGAUUUAGAUUUUACAAACGUAUAUAUAUUGUCAAAUGUAAUGUGGGAUUUUUUUACCUGUGUUCUGAGCAACUUGAUUUUUAUUUUGAAUGUUUGAAUGUUAGAAAGUGAGUGUGAACUAAUGUAGUUUAUAUUUGUAAAUAAAACAAAUGG